AUUCUCACAGACAACAGCAACGCAUUUGCACACGGACAACGUAUCAUUGGAAGCACAGAUUGGGUCAAGCUAUCACUUGACACAGGCGACGCCUUACCCAUCUCCCAGCCGCCGUAUCACGCAAGUCCAUCUGGACGCAAGGUCAUUGAAGAGACCGUACAAGAGCUAGAAUCACUAGGCAUCAUUGAAGAUUCAGACUCCCCGUGGGCUUCACCCGUCGUAUUGGUUAAGCAAGGGGACAAGGUCCGCUUU